AUGAUGAGAAGGGCGGGGAGGGCGGGAGCAAUGAGGGCGCGUCACGUCAAGGUGGAGGGGGAAGAAGACUCGAGGAGUGAGUCCGACCUCGACGUGGACGACGCUCGUGGGCUGGGGCAAGCGACUCCGCUCGUGCGCAUGGGGACGCCUGCGGCACCCAGAAAUGGGAUGCAGGGGGACGAAGGCGGAGGUCCCCCGUCGCCCUCUUCGGGAGGGGGUGACUUCGGCGGUGGCGAUGACCCCGCCGACAACAGCAGCAACAGCAACGACAGUAGUGGCCCCAGCGACGUCUCCAACAACCACGACGGAGGCGGCAGCGAGCCACUCAGCGGCGACUCUGGUGAUGAGAGCAGCGGCGGGACACAUCUAGCCACGACGGCAGCAACGAUGACGGUGACGGCAGCGAGGCCGUCGACCCCGGCAGCGAUGACGAUGGCGGCGGCGAGACAAGCGACCCCGGUGAGAACGAUGGUGAAGGAACCCCCAGAAGAAGUUUCCGGGCAAGGAUUUGGGAGAAUGCACGUGGCGGCAUACAUCGAGAGCAUCAUCAAGCGGUUUAACGUGACUACUACCGCCCCCACGCCUGCUGUCACCGGCGCUGACCUAGGGCCGAAACGAGAUGACGAGCCCACGGUGGAUGAGUCAGUGAGGGAGGCACUCGGGUGCCUGAUGUGGAUGGUGCAUACGAGGCCGGACAUCGAUCUGCCGUUGAAUAAGAUCCAGAAGGUGGCUCACUCUCCCACCGACAGGAUAUGGCAGGCGCUUCUGAGGGUUAUGUCUUACCUCAACGCCACGAAGGACCUGAGCCUCACCUUUGUGCGGGGUGGUAACACGGUGAACGGAACCACAAAGACGCAGCGUGUGCCGGCGCAGUCAUCCUCGGAGGCAGAGCAUCUAGCAGCCGGGGAGGGAGUGAAGGAGGCGUUGCAUGCGCGUGCGGUUCUGUCUUUCGUAGCGCCUGAGACGAGUGGCGCGAAGAUCAAGGUCCUUGAAGACAACAAGGGAGCUCUUGCCCUGGUGCAGAACCCCUUCAGCUCGGCGAGGAGCAAGCACACCGACGUGCGGUACCACUUUUUCCGCGAGCUCUUCAAGUCGGGGAAGAUCACCGCAGAGUAUGUCCCAAAGGAAGAGCAGCACGUCGGCAUGCUGACCAAGGUCCUUGGUAAGACCAAACUGGAGUACCACCGGAAGGCCCUGAUGAACCUCCCGGAGUAG